AAAAGAUUUUGACAGCUGGUAUACGUGUCAUCGACCCGGAUCCAAAAUUUGUGCCCUUUUUGACUUUACCUUGGCGGCAUUGCAAGCCGGAAGAGGUUGAUAAUGGGCUGGUCGUGGAUAUAAAGUGCAGGCGAUAAGGCCUCAAAUCCAUCACGAGCUCAAGCCACAAGAAUCGCAUUGCUGCCGAGCCCAGCAAACGCACUCCGGGCGCCUGCCUCAAGCCAGAUCUCCACGGCACUCCGCAACCUUCCCCAACCUUCCGCCUGAAAGCAACCACCUGUUCCGCAACGUCUCAUUGGAAGAUGUGCUCCCAGUGCCCGGAGGGACAUAGAAAGAACAGCGAUGCAGCUGGCCUGGGAGCAGAUCUCUCUCCCUCUCUCUCCCCCCCUCUCUCUCUUCGCCAUUUCACCAUCCUAGGAUCAAGCCAUACUGGGCAGCCAUCUUUUUUCGUGGUCUUUAGGUCAUCUGUUCAGCAAUCAGCUUAUCUCCCCACUCGUAUACCUACGUGGCCCCUCCACCCCGAGCGUUUGGUUCGGUGUGGUGAUCUGCGGGGAGCAACAAGCCAGCAAUCCAUCUUCAACAUAGCGUCCGCCAACCUAAGGUAG